UAUUAUAUUGAACUUAAUUUGAAAAAAAUAUUUUGUGUUGUUAGAAUAUCAGAAAAAUAAUAAUUUUUUAAAACAAAAUAUUUUGAUUAUUCAUAUUAUUAUUUUUUACAGCAAAAAAAUUCAUAACCGUGGAUAUCCGUCCGAAUCCUACCUAAUCGGGUAGGGUAAAAUUCGUAACCGUGCAUAUUUUCCAUGAUGAGCUCCGGCAGCUGCAACCGGCUUCGUUACGUUAUUGUUGCGAAAAUAAUUAUCAGGAUGGUCGUCUGUGGGACAGCUUUGACAAUAUCCGUACUGACUACAGCAACGUCCUUGGUCGCACGUAAACAGGUCGUCGUCACAAAUAUGACCAGAUACUUCGAAUGCUGCCGCCAUGGUGAUGAGUAAUUAAGGAGAUGGCCACCACCGACAAUAUUAUAGUGGCUGCUGCUUGGUGAAUCGCCUUAGCCUUGUUCAUGAUUUUGAUUUGUGUUUAAUUUCGAACAAGAAGAAGGAGAAUUUAUAGACCACAGCCAUGAAAGGCUUAUGGCUAUAAGGCGGCCGGCAUCCACGAUCUCCGGCGAUCGGGAUGCCCUAGCUAGUUUUGAUACUGGCCUCCCUUCAUCCGUAGGUGCGGCGAAUUGGGACAUUGACUUGAUGUAGUAACUCGCCGGGGUCUAGCCGGCCAUAGUUUUCCACAGAGGAAUCUUUAGUUUCAUAAUUUGUCCUUGCGUUUAAUUGCAUGUGCGGACUUAGUUUGGACGUGUUAUACACUCUCAUGCAUGCAAGCCACACACUUACGCAUCGCCUAGUUGCAGUAGACCGUACCAUAUAUAUAUAUGGGACGACCAUUCUUUGAUAAAUGUAAAAGACCGUUUUCUAGCUAGGAAUUUUCUUCUUUCUCUCCCCAUAUUGAAAAUUCGUAUAUAUGAGUAUUUCCUUUUGCGAUUUAUCGUUAUAAUAUUUCAUUUGUGUAAUUGUUCGUGUAUCCGCAAUUGUAACAUAUUAAUAGAGAUGAUAAAGAGAAAAUUAUUAUUAUUAUGAACAUAACUUUUAUUUGAUAUCCAAAAUGUUGCUAUAAUUUUAAGUCGGAUUAUUUGUCAUCGACUGCAAUUAAAUAUAGUGAAAGUGUGAAUUUGAUCUCCCCUAUUCAUGGAUGUAGCUACCACAUAUUAUGUUAAUAAACCAUGUAUAUAUGUGUAUUCUUUACUCUUUCACAUUAUAGAUUUAUCCUUCAAUUAAAUCUUGAUACAUACGAGAAUAUGAAUUUAAUUAAAAUUCAAAGUUGUUAUAGUAGCGAAAAGUAUAGCAAGUGUGAAUCCUCGAAGUGACAAUUGUCAUCCCUCAACUUUUCUUAUAGUUUGAUCUCGUAAUUUGCACCACCCUCCAUAAGUCCACCAAGUCUUCCUCCGAGUUCCGCCCGUGAAGGACGCCAAACCUGAGCUAUCCGUCCUUGCUAGUUUUCAGCCAAGUCGUCUGUAGACAAAUGUGGAAGAAGAGAAGAAGGUCAUCAAAUUCUUGUUGUUCUCCAAUCAAUGGAGCCAUGGAGGACUACAAAUGCACCAUUCGCCAAAAAGUUCAGCAUCACUUGAAAAUCAAACCGCAAAAAACAUACAUCACCCUUCCAAACGUAAAACCCUAACGCAGCCAUAGCUUCCAGUAUGGAACCCAAAACACCCUCAUUUGCACUAACCCUAAUAGCUUGCCUCCUCCUCCUCCCUCUACUAUCCCACGCUCACGUCCUACACAACUCAACAUCAUCACCGUCAUCUCGAGUCGCCUUUCUCCAGCACCUCAAAGGCUGCCACAAGGGAGACAAGCUCAAAGACAUCCCCAAGCUCAAAGCCUACCUCCACAAGUUCGGAUACCUCGACUACACCAACCAAACCUCCCCUUCUUCCAACGACUACUUCGACGACCAUCUCGAGAACGCCCUCAAGACUUACCAGGCCAACUACCACCUCAACGUCACCGGCGCCAUGGACUCCGCCACAGUCGCCUCCAUGAUGACCCCACGCUGCGGCGUGGCUGACAUCGUCAACGGCACCAACUACAUGCAAACCCGACGACGUCACGGUAGUACUGGCCGGCUGCACGCCGUGUCUCACUACUCGUUCUUCCGGGGGAACCCCAGGUGGAGAGCUUCGAAGACGAGGCUCUCCUACCAGAUCCUCCCCGGGACACCGGAGGAAGCGGUGGCGCCGGUGGCGCGUGCUUUCCAGACGUGGGCCGAGAACACGCAGUUCGAGUUCCGGAGGGUCGGUGGGGACCCCGGAGACGACACCGUGGACAUCAGGGUGGGGUUCUACAGCGGGGAACACGGGGACGGGUUUCCUUUCGACGGCGUGGGUAGGUCGGUGGCUCACGCGUUUGCGCCGGAGGACGGGAGGUUUCACUACGAUGCGGACGAGAGUUGGGGGAUCAGGAACCCCCGGGCGAUGGACUGGGAGACGGUGGCGCUGCAUGAGAUCGGCCAUCUCUUGGGGCUCGACCAUAGCGACGUCGAGGAGGCGAUUAUGUUCUCCAUUAUUCGUGUUGGAGCUGUGAAGGGUUUGAAUGCGGAUGAUAUUCAAGGGAUCAGGGCUUUGUAUAACGUUUGAUCCAUGCCAUGCAUGCUUACUUUGGUGGGUAAGCUACGUAAUUAAUGAUCGAUCUUACGAAUUACGAUCCAACAGUACUGUAUUUAUACGUUGAGGCCGGUACGUACACGUACGUAGGCUGGCAUACACUCAAAUAAAUAAAUGGGUACGUAUAUACGUACACAAGUGGAGAGAAAAGGUUGAUGUUACUUAUCACCCUUUAUAGUGAUUUUCCGUGGCAGAUCCAAGGAAUUUUAUGCUUCUAAAGUCAAAUUAUAUCCAAUAUUUUAUCAUUUGAAUGAUUUUAUAUGAUUAUUAUUGGGGUUGGAUAAUUCAUUUUUUAAAUUACAAGAGUAUCUCGUUACAACGUAAAUAUCUUUUUCACUCAUACACAAACCAUUCUUGAAGGUUGAAUAAUCGUUUUGCCAAAAUUUUCACCAUACGCAAACUAUUAGCUAGUAAACUAAUGAGCUGCCCAAAAGGAUCUUGUAUAUGGAGAUUGGACGGUGUGGCGCCGGAGUAGCAAAUAUAUCAUCUUAGCUACAAAUAGUAAGGGGUCGUUUGGAUGAGGAAUUCUAAUGGAUCAAUCUGACACAAUUGUCUCGUUUUGAGUCAAUUGUGCUAGAUUGAUCCGUUUGGCAGCAGAAAAUUUGGAUGAAGCAAUUUGGGCUGGGGAAUUCUGAAUUGACUCAUUUUGAGCCAAUUACAAUUGUCUGGGGUGGGGGCAGGUAAUCUGAAUUGACUCGUUUUAAAUGACUCUUUUUGUAAAAUGAAACAAUUGGUCAAAU